UGAUCCAGGUGGAUGGCAGCAGAGGGGCUCGGGUGUCCCGUUUCAAGCAGCAGCUGGUGAGCGGAGCCCGGCCGAGGUCACCCUCAGGGACCCUGCCCCCCUCGUCACCUACUCUGCGCUCCACACUCGCCCCGUCAUCGUCAUCCGAUCCCGGCUCCGCACGCAUCGGAACAGCAGCUCUGCUGCAUGACAAUGGAGCUCUUUUAAUUAUCGGGGACAGCGUUCAUGCUCAAGUGAUGACGGCUACAAUGUAUUUGCUGCGGUCAUGA